UGCACUCUUUCUUUUUUUUUUUUCCUCUUUCUUUCUUUCUUUUUUUUUUUUUGCAAAGAGACGUUUUUGCAAAACUCCGCUUUGCAAAAGGGGCAAAGCGUGUCCCGUCCCGUGUCCCCUUCCCCCGCGUGUUUCGGGCCGGUUCGGAGCUGGUUCGGCUGCCCGGAGAGAGCCAAAAGCAGCCAUGAAUACCGACGAAGCCUUGAUCUCCCUGCUCGUGAUGGCGGGCAUUAUCUUCCUGGUGGGCACGUGCAGGCAGCUGGCCCACCGGGCGCUACUACGGCGGACUCCCAACUGGUACACUUUCACCCAGGAGCUGACCGCCACUUUCCAGAUUUGUGCUUGCACCCACGAACUUUGCCUGCUGGGCAGCUUGCUGCCCCGUCCGCAAAUCGCCCUUUGGCUCACUUACAUUUUCACCGUCCUCCACGGCUGGACAUUAACGGGCAGCGUGGGCAACCCGGCGAGCAGCAUCCAACAGCUUUACAAAGGCGAGCUGGGGAUCCACGGGUGGUGCCUGCAGACUGCAGCGCAGUUCGCGGCGGCCGUCUUGGCUCACCUGUGCAUGAAAUUCAUCUGGAUGUUGGGCUUCACUGCCGGUCAUUUGAGAGCCCUGCCUGACGUUUGCAGCAACCCCAUUCAAACCAGCCUCACCAAUGCUUUCGGCCUGGAGUUUCUCUUCUCCUUCCUCCUACACCUGACUUUACUCCAGUUCCAGGGCAUGAACCCCACGAUGAAAGUACACCUCAUCGCUUUGCUCAUCACCUCUUUCGUCUACGCAGGAGGAAACCUCACCGGUGCGGUAUUUAAUCCAGCCCUGGCUUUCUCUCUGCACGGAAGCUGCUUCGUAGACCAGCUCUGGAAUUACCUGGUGGUGUAUUGCAUCGCGCCAUGCGCAGGAUCUGUGUUCGUUUCUGUUAUAUGGGAUGAAGUUCUCCCUGGGCUGUACAGAGAUAUUUAAAGGCUGGGAAGGCAAGAUGUCCAAGCAUCGCAUUACGAAAACGGAGGCCAUUUUCUCUCGGAGACCGACAUCGACGUAUCUGUAACAUCUUUCAGAGGUUGAUUUUUGAGCAUGUGAUUUUAAUGCCUAGUAGGCUCCUGUGCUUUAAAAAUUUCCUACGCUGAGGCACGUGGGGGGAAAAAAAUCACCAGGAUCUGUUUUCAGAUCCUUGAAAACCUGAAAAGCCGAACGCCUGUGCCUUUUAUAAGGGAAGUUAUCUUCAUUUAUGCAUCCAUUUCAUCCAUUUCAGGAGAUAGGAGUUAGCGUUCUAAGGGAAAACAAUUCAUUCAAAAAAUGUACCAAAAAAAAAAAAAAGUGUCAUAGAAAAAAUUAUAUAUACUUUUUCAUUCAAAAAAUGAAAAAUGGGCAAUCGGAUGGCAGCUAAAACGGUCAUAAUUAAAGAUUAUUAUGAGAUUUAGCUCAAGAACACGGUUUUUUUAAAAAAAAACAAAAAAAAAGUCAACCAUUUUGGAUGCUUGGACUUCAACUCCCAGAAUUCUCCAGCCUGCCUUGGCUAGGGAAUUCUGGGAGUUGAAGUUCCCCCUAUCCUAAAACGGAUAACUUUGAGAAACACUGGGCUUGAAAAUGAUUUAGUAAACUACACCAUAAAUAAGUCUUAAUCUGGAAAUGUGGGAUUCUUUUGCGGGCUAUCCAAAUCGUUUUAAAUUUCUGCCUCCUAAGCAGUGACAGAAUAUUAUUUAUUAUAUAUUUAUAAUAUUAUAUUAUAAUACAAAUAUAAAUAUUAUAAUAUUUAUUAUGUAUUAUAAAUAUAUAAUUAUUUAUAUGAGAAUACUUUAUAUUCUCAUAUAAAGUGAGGCAGCCUCAAAUCGCCCUAGAAACAUUUUUCCAAGUAUUUGAUGCUAUUUUUUUUUUUAAAGCGUGAGCCAGCUUUGUAUAAAUGAUAAUUUAUAAAGCACAGUUUCAUGCAUUUACCUUAUGCAUCUGAAAAAGUUCAAACCCAGCAGCUUUAUAUCAUUAACUAAGGGCUGAAAAGUUACUUUUUGGGAGUACCUCUUUAUUGCUAAAGCGGCAAACGAUCCCAAAAAUGAGAAACAAGAUCCGUAUGGUUUCGACAUAUGCUUCGAGAUUUCAGGCAUCGAUAAAAGAGAAUUUCCUCAAUUAUUUGCACAAUCUGGAACUCGGCAGUUUAUGAAAUAAAACAAGACGGGGCCAUAAUUGUUCUGGAAGCUUAGCGUUAUUUCCUUCCAGAAUUUCUAAUUUUGUUCUGUUAAUAUAAAACCGUUUCUAUUUUGUUCUGUUCGUUAAUUCCGUUAGGUUUUCCCCCCCUUCCCCGAAUCGAACAAGGAUGCUAACAUUUAGAAAGAGCGAACGGUUCAUUUCAGGAAAAACGUGAAAUUUCCCACCCAUUUUUAAGUUGGAAGCAACUUUAAAAGAAAUUUGGGUCUUUUUGGACUUUUAAAAACGCCUAAUGUGAACUAGAGUUGAUAGGAUAUUGCCUGGAAAUACCCAGUAUUUUUUUUUUUUUUUAAAGAACGUGUCUUAAUAUUUUUGGUGGAUGGAAAACUUUUGGUGGGGUUUAUUUUUAUUUUUUUUGCCUGGUUUACAUUUAAAGAACAUUGAAGUGAUCCUAAAUUGCCGUCAGCUGUCCUUGAAUUCCAGCUAAAGGAUUUCUGUUCAUGUUAACGGUUGUCUCCUUCACGAUAAUGGCGAAAUUCGCGCUGUAAUAUUGUAUAUUAUACGCAUUUGAGAUGUCGUCAUUGUCGACGUGGCAAAACGGCUGCAGAAGCGAGGCAUCAAAAUAUUCCUGCAGCAAAUCAGGCAAAGGACGGGGAAUAUUGAGUUCUAAUCUUUGCACUAAUUGGAUUAGAAACAUCAUCUUCAGUUUCCCUUACCCUGCGAAACUUGAAUGUGGCACGUCCCUUCCUGGAAAAAUGAACCAAGCCUGAACAAAAUCACCCACAACUUUACAUAGUGGGGUUAAUAUUGUCUUAAAAAGAGUAGAAAAUGGAUUUAUUUUCUUAAUAAAGAAUAGCUUACUUUUACAAA